GUUUAUUUUAUUUUUUUUAUUUAUAUUUAAUUGCAGGUCACGUGUAUUCCCAAGAUAUCAACAAGCUACAAGCAGACACAUUCAUAGAUUCGUUGGCACACAAACUGAAGCUCGAACAGUGGGAGAAAGAUGAAGCGCCGUGUUUGGAAAGUGUUUUAAAUGUUUUGGAAAACGUGAAGAAUCACACUUUGUGGGCGACAUGGAUGUGGAAUGCCAACGCCCUUCCUACAGGCAAUCUGUACGGUUCCGUACGACAUUACGCAAGUUACGACCAAUGUCUCAAACCACCAUGGUUGCAUACCCAUCCACAAUUGAAGACCAAAUACUGUUUCACCGACUUUCUACUUUCCGAUGAAAGCGACUCCAAAAAAGUGGCAGAGUACAACCCUUUUGGGCCGACUCUUGCGUACAUAAAUUCACCAUCGAUAUCGGGUGCGUCUCGGAAUAACAUCUUGUGGGGUGUAUGUAUACCAGCGUCCUGCUUAUCUUCAGCAGUCUCCAAGUUGAGCAGGGUGGUGUAUGAGGCUGCCACCUUCAGCAGCAUAGCGUCUGACGUCACGGUUAAACACUGCCAGGAGGCUGGGGAAAGCCCGCCUUUUUCCGUUGGGUUUUAUAUCUUCAUAUCACGAUGAUCAUUAUGAUAGCGUUGGUUACUCCUCACUAAUCUCUAAGAAUAUGUGUAAAUUAUUGAAAUAUGAACCUUAUAUUCCAGUAAAAAUCAUAACAACAUCUUUCUGCAUGGUCAAGAAUCGAGAAGCUUUAGUAAAGGUCAAUAAGGACGAGAUUCGUGUGAUGAACGGCAUCAGAUUCCUGUCCGCAGUCUGCAUCGUGAUUUUGCAUGUGGUGUUUUAUAUGGCAUUAUCUGGUUUAAGCAAUUUAAGGGAUAUUGAUUUGUAUUUGGAAGGCAUUGGUGGAAUAUUUUUUCACUACGAUCUGAUCGUGGACACAUUCUUCACUAUAUCUGGUCUACUUCACAUGAAAGGUCUACUGAACAGACGGCAAAAUCUAUUUGGUGUACUUUGGAAACGUUACAUUAGAUUAAUAGGGCCCUUCGCGCUAAUCGUCUUCUAUAUAAUAUCCGUGUCCGAGCACUUUAGUCCCGGUCCGGGCUGGUUCGGAUGGGAGGAGACAAGCAUUUGCGAGAAUUACUGGCUACAAAACUUGUUCAUGAUAAAUUUGGAAAUAGGGCAGAUUUGUCAUGCAGUGAGUUGGUACGUGUGCUGCGACUACCAGCUAGCAAUCCUGGCGACUGUCCUCUUCUUCUUUUAUAAGCUGAACAAGAUUUCUGGCUACACAGUUUAUAUAGCUGUGGCAAUAUUGUCCAUGGUCAUUCCUGGUGUGCUGACGUAUUUGUUGCAAAUGCCUGCGAUGCCUUAUAUGGAAUAUGGUAAGUAUAUACUCCGAUUCCGCGAGAUUUGGCAGUUCAACCACAUUUACAUAUCGUUCUACGGUCGCGGUGGCCCGUAUGUCGUGGGCAUCGCCAUGGGAUACAUCAUGGGCAUCUACAAACCUGCUGACUACAGAAAAUCUGUUACUAAAACUUGGUCAAUAAUCACCAUGGCGGUGAGCCUGAGUGGACUGGCAGUCAUGAUGGCUCUCGGCUACAUAAUAAUCAAUUUUAUUCCACUGGAACCUGGCGUCGUUGCUGGUACCAGCAGAAUAAUAUGGGCUGCGGCCAUCUGUGGUGUUGUAGGGAUGUGUGAAUAUGGAACUGUUCCUGUAAUUCCAAGUAUCCUGGGCUGGUCAGUGUUCACGCCUCUCAGUCGACUGUCCUACGGCAUUUAUAUGAUCCAUACCCUUGUCGUCCAGAGGCACAAGCUCUCUCAGCGAUCGCCUCAUCUAUUCGACAUAUAUUGCAUUCUUGUCGAUUCCGCGGGGGUAUUGGCCGUAUCAAUAGCGUUAAGUUACGCAAUGUGGCUGUUUGUGGAGGCGCCACUGAUCAACAUCAACAACUAUAUCUUCUUCAACAGAUUAAAAGGAACAGAAUCCGACAAAAGAAGUGGUGAGAAUGGAGUUCAGCAUCAGAAUGGAGUUGCUAACACAAACGUUUUGUAA